AUGAAAAACGAGGUGUCAAUAUCCGCCUUGGGACUCCGGAGUUCCCUGGGGCUACUCCGAAGCAGUGAGCCGGUGGGUUUGGCCCCACUCCCUUCUCUGCCCCAGAGCUUGCUGGAAGAGGCUGCUGACUACUUAGUGGUACACCGGGACUUCAAGGCGUGCUUGGAGACGUGCCAGAAGGGUUUCGAGAGCCUGGGCUCUUCCUUGCAGGCAGAGGACUUCGAGGACGGGUAUGACCUGAAGUGCUUCCUGUGUGUGGUGGGGAUCCAGGCCCUGGCAGAGAUGGAUCGAUGGCGAGAAGUUCUCUCUUGGCUUUUGCAGUAUUAUCAGGUCCCAGAACAUCUGCCCCCCAAAAUUCUGGAAUUGUGCAUUCUUUUAUACAGCAAAGUACAGGAACCCCAGGCGAUCCUGGAGGUGGCCAGCAAUUGGUUGAGAGACCCAGCUAAUCGAGACCUGCCAGAAUAUGGGGCCAUAUUUGAACUUCAUCUUUUUCGGGUGCUGUUGCCCCUGCACUGUUGGACAGAUGCAGAGGAUAUGGCUGGGUUCUGUCCAGAGGAGGAGCAGCGACUGGCUGCUUCUCAGGCCAUCUACACAGCAAGGAAGCAGCAGCAAGAGGGAACCAAGGAGCCAAACCCACAAAAGGAGAUCCAGGGAGGUACCCUCUACCGGAAACUUCUGACUCUGUGGAAGUUACUACGCUGGUUGCUAGAAUCUGUGGUAGACCAUCUCCUUUCUCUGCCCUUCAAGAAGACCUUCCUGAUUGCUUUGAUCCUCUGCCUCUUGAUGGUGAGAUUUGAUCCAGCUUGUCCUUCUUCACUGCCUUUCUACUACAAGUUGGCUCACAUCUUCUAUCGUGUUCGAGGGACCAUCUUUGCUCCGUGCUACCUGUCAUCUUACGAUUCGUGAUGGAGCGAACUUUGCAACCCAUCUUAGCUGUUCCACUCUUGGCAGUGACACUAGCAGCAGAUGUCUUAUUGAGUUCUGCAGUCUUGCCACUUGGUGUCUGGGGCCUCUGUUAUUUUAGGGCUAAUGAUAAUCCGGGAAAGCUGGGUCUGAUCACAUGGACUACAGCCUGCUCAUCAAGAAACCCAGCUGAGGGAGCGGACGGGCAGAAAUGGACUGUGAUGCUGCCCGUACUUCUCUCCUCUUUAUAGAUUUCACUUUCUCUAGUCUCAGUGCCAUGAUUCUAGGUGAUAAAGAAGUGGUUGGUGCCAAUAAAGGCUUAUUUGUCCUACUCCUUUAGAAGAGCUCACCACCUAGAGUCUCUCUCAAAGGGAUUGUUUUAGAAUGAUUACCAGGUGCUAUGGAAUAUUCCUGUCUCUAUUCAGAGGCAGGCUCUUUGAGAGGUAGGCUUGGUGAAGAGACUGAGUCAUAUGGGAAGGGAA